CUGCAAACUCUAGUUUAGCGUAGACUCCCUGACGUUUCGGUUGUUGUAUUGUCUAAUGCCGUGUCGGAUAAUUCACCAAUAACAAAAUAAAAAUUAAUAAUAAAAAAAAAGAGAGAAACUUAAUUAAGAAGAAAAAGAAAAUAUAUAAUUAAAUUUUGUUUUGUAUCUUGUUUUCUAUGUGAGAGAGUGUAAACAAAAUUUAAAAAGCAAAGAAAAGAAAACGCAAGCAAAUACCUGCUUCGUAAUAUAAAUCCCCAUUUGAAGAAGAAAAGUCUGUGGUGUCCUUUUUUUCUUUCGUUUUUUUUUGGGUAUCGUCGUCCUUGUGUAUCGUCCUUUUUAGUGUAAACAAAGUUUUUGCCUUCCUUGCUUUCUAUUUUUGUUGUUGUUUGCUUGAUUCGCCCAUAUCGAUUGGUCAGAGUGGUCGUGUGGUGUGCAUCAGUGUCUUCUUCGUCCUUCGUCCUUCGUCGUCGUCCCUCUGCGAGAGGAAGAAAGAUUAGUGAAAAGUUUAUACAUUUUUUUUUUGCGACAAGAAAUAAAACAAAAAGGAAAUAAAUAAAAUGUCCUUGAAGAGCUGUUUUGCUGUGCUUUUGCUUGGAUUAUGCACCCAUGUGGCGGCGGGUGGUUUACAGGAAGGAAAAUAUGACCUAACAAUUCGAGUGCAGCAGUGUCGGGGUGGAUGCUUGGGGAAGUAUGCAACACGGGAAUCCCUUUGUGUUUUACAUGCAGAAUGCUCAGCGUGUUGGGAUGAAUGUGCGAAAGUGCCAAAGAUCAAUAAAUCGAUUCGUGAGACAUGGUCUCUGCGGACAACAUUAAUGCUGCAACAAGAUUCCCUAGUCCUCGUCGAUGUUGCCUGGGAUCCAUUAAGUACGGGUAAUCAAUGUUUGGUGACAUGGGAAGUAUCGGGUGGUGGACUGAUGGGUAAUCUCCUCACUGAAUCUUUCAAUGUUCAACUUUCUCUGUGGCCCGAUACUAAAUAUCGUGUUCAAGUAACAUGUAAAAAUAAGCUUUCUGGUGCGAUGAGUAGAUCUCUGCCUCUUACGAUUGACACCUCUGAAGCAACAACACUCUCGACCAAUCAAGACCGUCAUGCUCAGCUUAUUCCAAAAACACCCCUCAUGAUCACUUCGACAACAGUCCAACCACCAUCUAAUCCCAUCCAAGAGACAAUUCCUUCCUCGAACAGCAUCAACAGCAUCACUGGAGGUGUUCCCUUCGAGGACCAAUCCAGCGAAUCCAUCAAUCAACACACAAACUUCAUCUUCAACUGGCACCAAAAGAACAGUGACAUCUCGAAAAUCGAACCUCUCACCAAACCUGAUCUCAAUAUUCUCCGAAUCACAUCGAUCUCAGAAAUGCAAAACCCCCUUCUCUUCGAUGUUAUCAUUGGUUGCAUUAUUCUCAUUAUUAUCCUUUUUGCAUACAUGCUAGUCCUGCGCAACCAACGAACAUCAAGCGAUAAAGCAGCCCUUAUCGAGGACGAUUCGCAUUCCUAUUCUGGUGUUUCAGUACCAGUGGCCAUUGCAGUUCAAAGGAAUUCAGGGUUACCAUCGUCGUCUAAAUAUUCAUCAUCAACAUCAUCGUCGUCGUCAAUAGCACACCCUCAACUCUGUAAGAAUCCAGGAAUUUGCUCGAGGAAUGCCCUUAAGGUGUAAAUGCAUCUCCUUCGAAAAUAAAAUGUUAAGCUAAGAGUAUAUAUAGCUGCUUCUCCUCAAAACUAAAACUACUAUAAACUAUAAAAUAAUUAAACAAACAAAAACAAAACAAAAACAGAAUAAACAAAUCUCAUAAACUACAAAAACAAACAAAUCAUAUACAAUAAACUAUAACUAUAAACAAAACAAAAAAAAUCAACCUAUGCUACUACGAACGAAAAACCGAUAGAAAUAGGGCGAGAUUGAAAAGGACGUAAAUCCUUUUUGAGUCAAGCAAGUGCGAGAGAGCGAGAGGGAAAUAUAAACUUUUUGAGUGAUGCUUAGACUUACAUUUAUAUAAAAACAAAAAAACCAUAAAAUACAAAAUAAUUAUGUUUUCUAUUAAACACAAAAAAAAGAGUAAUAAGCUUAAUCGACAGUUUUGAUAUUAAUACGACUGAAAUUGCUUUCUAUUGGUGAUACAAAAGUUAGCGAAAUGAUAUUCUUCGUUCCCGAGAACUCUGAGCUUUAUUUCAGAUUUGAGUGAGUUUUUUUUGAGGAUUUCAUUUAAUAUUUUCUUCUGACUUUGAGUGAGAUUUCUUAAGGUUAUUUGCUGUUAAAAAACUAUUGCUGCAACCAAUUUUGUGAAAAAACCAUCAUAGUUUGAGCUAUUUUAAAGACUUGAGUAAGAAUUCUAGAAUUGAGUAGAACCUAUGAAAAUCACUCACUUUUUUAGUACGAGUUAUUCUUAAGACUUGAGUAAGAAUUCUAGAAUUGAGUAAAACCUAUAAAAAUCACUCAAUCCUUUUAAUAUGAGAUAUUUUAAAGACUAGAAUAAGAAUUCUAGAAUUGAGUAAAACUUAUGAAAAUCACUCACUUUUUUUAGUACGAGUUAUUCUUAUGACUUGAUUAAGAAUUCUAGAAUUGAGUAAAACCUAUCAAAAUUACACACUUUUUUUAGUACGAGUUAUUCUUAAGAAUUGAGUAAGAAUUCAAAAAUAGAGUAAAACCUAUGAAAAACACUCACUUACUUGAGUAAGUAUUCUAGAAUUGAGUAAAACCUAUGGAAAUCACCCACUUCUUUUAAUAUGAGAUAUUUUAAAGACUUAAGAAUUCUAGAAUUGAGUAGAACCUAUGAAAAUCACUCGAAACCCUUGUUUCCCAAAUGGGAUAGUUUAGCUUUGAGCGAGAUAUGUCAAGUUUUCAAGUAUGAUAAAAAUUCCAGUCAUAUUUUAAAAUUUAAAUUGAGUUAAAAAUCACCUAAUAUGGGAUAAAUGUUAGCUUUGAGUAUAGUUCUGGUUUCUCAAGUUCAAUAAGAGAUGAAAGUACGAAAAUCACUCAACAGUGAACUUAUUACUGUUGCCUUUUUUAAUUUUGGGUCAGAUUUUUUUAAAGAUUCAAUUAUUUAUUGAAAUUUCUCAACACACAUUGAGUUUUAAUUGUUUUAAUUUUCUUUCUAACCAUAAAAUGUACACCACCUGAAAUUACUAGUUGAAAAUCACUCAUAAAAGUAAAACAAAUCACUCCAAACACAUUUUUUUAAUUUGAGAUAUUUUCAAGCUUCGAGUAAGAUUUCUAACGACCAACCGAAUGAAAAUCACUCACAAAUUUAAAGUUACAAAAAUUACUAUAAUCAUAUCCAAAAUUUAUAUAGUUUUGGCUUUGAGUGGUAUUUUAUAAGUUAAUUGGAGUUCAAAAUAACGAAAUCACUCCAAAGCUUUUGAAAUGUGUGAUAAUAUUAAGUUUUGAGUUAGAUUUCUCGAGUUAAAUAGAGAUGAAAGUACAGAGAAGCCCUGUUAGGCAGCAAUUUUGAAAACUCAAUUCUCAUAACAACAUUAAAAUAAUUAAAUAUUGUAACGGAGCAAAUGAAAAUCACUCAGAAUCUAAACAUCCCUGAUGUAAAAAGUCUAGACAAUGAAAUACAAAUACCAAAAAGCAUGGUUUUUGAACAUCAUCAAAUAAAAAAAAAAUUGUCACAAUAACGAAUUAAACUUGAGACUUUAAAAAAAAUAAAAACACUCUGUUUUUGUUAAGUUUCUGAAGACCAUUUUGAAAAAAAUUUUUCUCAAAACCAAAUGUUCCUAAAACUGAAAAAUUUAAUUGAGAACUUUUAAAAAUAUUCUCUGAGAUACAAGUAAAAUAUUGAAUUUUUGUUUCAAAAUGGUCUUCAAGGUCAAACCAUUUUAUUAAAAUUGUGCCAUUUUCUAUAAAAGUUAAAAAAACAAAAAACUGUCGCUUAAGCUUAAAACAAAAAAUUUGCAAUGUGAAAGAGUGAGAUUAUAAAAAUGUGAAAUGCAUGCGGUAAAAAAUUGAAUGUUUUGUUUUUUAUUUUUAUAUAUUUUUGAAUGGUUUGAUUUUUUUUUUUUUAGUAUGGAUUGAGUGAAAUCAAAUGAAUGAGUGACUAAAUUUUAUUUUUUGUAUUGUUUCCUCUGAAUGACUGAGUAAAAUUAAUUUCUUUUUUAAUUCCAUCUGUAGAUAGCCUGAUGAUAUUAAUCGCAAACAAAAAAGUAAAACAAAAUUCAUAAAUUAACUUCCAUUAAUGCAAAGUAAUGAAAAUUUGUAUUAUUAAAAAUUAAAAAAAAUAUAACAAGAAAGAAAAACAAAAUUGUAGAACAUUAUUUGUGUGGAUGAAACUAUACUAUGGGGCUUGAUUUUAUAAAACUUAAUGAACUUUUCUAUCAAAGGCACUUUAAUAUUUUCUAAAGCCUUACAGAAAUAAUUUCAUAAUUAAUAACUUGUCAAAAAUUAACAAAAUACACACAAUCAAAUUAAUUUGCUUAUUGUUUUUUGAAUGAACUCUUAAUCGAAACUGUUGAAAGUCAUGUCUCAAGAAAACUUUAUGGCGUGUUGAAUACAAGCUCUGAUAGCGUGACCUUUGAUAAAUGUUUAAGCUUCUAAAAAGUGCGUGUCUCUUAAGUUUUCACAAAACUUGAUAAUUAUUUAUUUUAAAAGUUGAAAUAUCAUUUAAGGUCAAUAACAUCAAGACCUUUACAAAAUUUGAAUUAAAAAUUCAAAAAGUUACUUUUAUUUCCCACGAAAGUUUCAUUCACAUGAUAACUCAUUAUUUUGUUCAAAAAAAAGCAUAAAAUCUAAAAUUAAAACAAAAAUACAAUUUGAAAUCAAAAUGUUAAUAUUUUAUAAUAUUUUCUUAUUUCCAACUAGUCCAAAACCUUUUUCGGGUUGUAAGAUAAACAAACAAAACAAAUAAAUCAAAACAAUACAUCCCCUAUUAUUAUGUCCCCCGAUGAAGUUUAUACCCCCUUUUUAAAAUAAGAACUAAGAAUUAUAAUAGUAAAACAAAAAUAAUUAAUUUCUUUUUAUACAAAAAACAAAAUCAUAAAUAAAAUAAAUACAAAAUGUGUGCUCAAUUAUAGAUUUUCCAAAAUCCCCGCCCUACAAGAAUAACUCCACCCCCCCCCCCCUUCUUCCCCUAAAAUCCCUAGCUCCUUUUUUUAAAUAAUUUAGUAAUGAAAUUAUUAAUCAAAAUUUAACAAAAUAUUGGUGUUUAAAUUUAAAUAUUAACUUUAAAAGAAAAAACCUAAAUGCUUCUUGUUUUAUACCUGAUUGUGAAUAAAAGUAAAAUAAAAUCGUAAAAAUCCCAAAAAUAUAUCGAUGUUUUUUGUAAAUAUAUUAAAGUUGCAAAGAAAAAGAAAAAAACAAAAUCUAAACAAAAUAAGAAACAAAAACGAGCACGAUCAUAUUCCUUAAAAAAUUAUAUAAAAAUAAGUAAACAUUUCUCUAUAGAGAAAUGUUUAUGAGUGAAUCAAUUUUUAUUUCAACAAAAUUAGAAAAACUCAAAAAAAAAUCUAAAUAAAUUAAAAUUUGUUGUUAAAUUUUUUGUGAUGAUUUUUUUAUUUUAAUAAAUCAAUGGAAAAAUAAAACUCUUUGGCUAACUUUAAGAAUUUUUAAAUAAUUUCAAUUGUUUUCCUCCCAAAAAUAAAUACAAAACAAAAAAACGAAAAAGUAAUACAACCAUAAGCCUAAGUCCUACACACAAAAUAGCAUGUAGAAAAUAUUAAUUUUCCUUCUAUUUCCAAUAAAAAAAAUGUAUUUGCAAAAAAUAACUCCCAAUUAAAAAUAAAACCCCAAUUUUUAUACAUAGUUUAAUGUACCUAUGUAUAAGACUAUAUGAACCUUAAAUCUAAAAUCGGAUUAAACACAAAAUAAACAAAAGCAAUUCUACAAGAACAAGAUUAAAAAAUAAAUAAAAUUAAUUUUUAAUUUUUGUUUUAAUUAUUACAAAGACUGUAAAUAAUAGUUUUUUAUAUUUAACAAAAAAUAUAAAUAAUAUCGAUUUUAUUACCUAGCUACAAAAUAAAAAAAAAAAGAAAACAAAAAUCUUUUAAUUACUAAUUUUAUUUAUAAGAAAUACAUAUGGACUAAGAUAUAAAUAUAUUUAAAGAGUAUAUAUGAAAUAAUAAAAAUUAAAAAAUAAAUAAAUAUUUCUACGCGUAUCCUGCUGGUAAACGGUAAACGUCAUAGUUUUAUUUUUAUGUUUAGUUUAAAAAAUAAAAUAAUAAUAAUUAUGAUAAAAUUCUCAGAAUAUAUUAAUUUGUAAAUUUAUUAAUCAAUUUAUGAUAUGAUGAAUGGAGUUCAGAAUCAAACAAAC